UUUGAAUGUAACGUGUGUGGGAAGUAUUUCAUCCAGAAAUCAAAGCUUACUGUUCACCUGAGAACACACACAAAAGAGAAACCUUUUGAAUGUAACAUUUGUGGAAUGUCUUUCUCCUGCAAGGCAUAUCUUACUAGCCACCAGAGAACACACAAAGGAGAGAAAUCUUAUGAAUGUAACAUGUGUGGAAAGUCUUUUACCAAGAAAUCACAGCUUACUUUCCACCACAGAACAUACACAGGAGAGAGACCAUAUGAAUGUAACCUGUGUGGAAAGUGUUUCACCCAGAAAUCAAAUCUUACGGUCCACCAGAGAACACACACAAAAGAGAAACCUUUUGAAUGUAAGAUUUGCGGAAAGUUUUUCACCCACAAGGAAUAUCUUUCUACCCACCAGAGAACACACACAGGAGAGAAAAUUUAUGAAUGUAACUUGUGUGGAAAGUCCUUUACCAGGAAGUCAACCCUCACUGUCCAUCAGAUAAUAGACAUGGGAAAGAAACCUUAUGAAUGUAAUGUGUGUGGAAAGUCUUUCACCAAGAAAUCAAAGCUUACUGUCCACCAGAGAACACACACAAAAGAGAAACCUUUUCAAUGCAACAUUUGUGGAAAGUCUUUCACCUGCAAGGCAUAUCUUACUAGCCACCAGAGAACACACAAAGGAGAGAAACCUUAUGAAUGUAACAUGUGUGGAAAGUCUUUCGCCAGGAUGGCAUACCUUACUGUCCACCAGAGAACACAUACUAGAGAGAAACCUUAUGAAUGUAACAUGUGUGGAAAGUCUUUCACCAAGAAUUCAAAGCUUACUGUCCACCACAGAACACACACAGGAGAGAGACCAUAUGAAUGUAACCUGUGUGGAAAGUGUUUCACCCAGAAAUCAAAUCUUACUGUCCACCAGAGAACACACACAAAAGAGAAACAUUUUGAAUGUAAGAUUUGUGGAAAGUGUUUCACCCACAAGGAAUAUCUUUCUACCCACCAGAGAACACACACAGGAGAGAAAAUUUAUGAAUGUAACUUGUGUGGAAAGUCCUUUACCUGGAAGUCAACCCUCACUGUCCAUCAGAUAACACACACAGGAAAGAAACCUUAUGAAUGUAAUGUGUGUGGAAAGUCUUUCACCAAGAAAUCAAAGCUUACUGUUCACCAGAGAACACACACAAAAGAGUAUCCUUUUGAAUGUAACAUUUGUGUAAAGUCUUUCACCUGCAAGGCAUAUCUUACUAGCCACCAGAGAAUACACACAGGAGAGAAACUUCAUGAAUGUAAUGUGUGUGAAAAAUCUUUCACCCAAAAGGGUAACCUUACUGCCCACCACAGAACACACACAGGAGAGAGACCUUAUGAAUGUAACCUGUGUGGAAAGAGAUGUGGUGCAUCCCUCUUGGCUUCCCCAAUGCCCAGCGAUUCCCAUGGUUGCGAUGAUCCAUCGCCCUGGAGGGCCUGUGAAUUUCACAUCUUAUCCACAGUUCUGGUGGUAGGAGUCCCCCAGUAUGAAAGGCAGGACUGGUCUCAGAGGAGUGACAUGAUCAGUGCAAUGAUAUAUGUUGAUAAUCACAUAGACCUGCUAAAGACACAGUUAAAAAUGAUGUGUCAUGCUAAUUGUCAGUACAUCUGUGUUAUCCCUCUUGAAUAUGAUGGAAAUAUGACUUGUACCAGUAUCCAGUGA